AGAACAACUGCUUAUACGUUGGAAUAUUAAUGCCAACCCUUCAGUAGAAUAGUGGACAUCACUAUGGCACGGGUGGGUGUUCUUGUUAUGAUGGUGGCCCUCCUGGCUCAGCUAGGAACACCUCAUGAGGAAAACACACAUGAAGGAAAGACAGGCGCCGGAAACUAUGCAAGACAGAUAAAUCCUUUAGGAACAACCAAUGGCGCUGGGGAUGACGGCGGGGAUGUGGACACAAAUCAGAAAAAGGAGCAAGGCAUAUUUAGUCGGAUAAGGGCAAGAAUGCAAAAAAGAAAGGAAGCGAGAAAGGCUAAGAGAAGUGGCGCUGGGGAUGACGGCGGGGAUGUGGACAAAAAUCAGAAAAAGGAGCAAGGCAUAUUUAGUCGGAUAAGGGCAAGAAUGCAAAAAAGAAAGGAAGCGAGAAAGGCUAAGAGAAGUGGCGCUGGGGAUGACGGCGGGGAUGUGGACAGAAAUCAGAAAAAGGAGCAAGGCAUAUUUAGUCGGAUAAGGGCAAGAAUGCAAAAAAGAAAGGAAGCGAGAAAGGCUAAGAGAAGUGAGAGAAGGGAAAGGUUGCAAAAAGGAAAGGAAGAGAGAAAGAAUAACAGAAGUGAGAGAAGGGAAAGGUUGCAAAAAGGAAAGGAAGAGAGAAAGAAUAACAGAAGUGAAAAGGAUACAUGA